GCAGCACAUCUCUUCCGGUGACGUUUACUCGUGCUUCCGGUUAGUGUGAGAUGGAGCAGCGUUCGAAAAUCUGUUUCAAAACAGGGUUUCUGGCUCUGUAAUUACUAUUUUGUUUGUUGUUUAAAGACAUACACAAAAUUUACCCUACCAGGCGACUGAGGACAAACACAUGCAAGCAUGGGGGUACUGUGGUCCAGAUUCAAGCGCAAACCGGGAACAAAGGACCUUUUAGAAGACAUAGAAAAGAGAAUUGCGGACAUCAAUGACUACAAGCACACGAAAGAAAAACAACAGAAGCGUCUUGUUGGUGCCCUCAUCUCCUACUCCUGUUUGUUUUAUAUCCUGGUUGUCGUCAUUACCUAUAUCUGGUACUUCCCAGACACUGUGCAUGGACAGCUGCUCUGUGCCAUACCCCUAGUGCUUUUUCCUGUUUUAAUAAUGGUGCUUAAGAAAUUACUACAGUGGUAUUUUAGAAGAAAAAUAGAGUUGAAGAAUGAAGAGCUUGCUGACCUUAUAAGGGAAAAGAAGUCAGUCCUAAAUAAUGUCAUGGAAACGGAGACGUUCAAGGUGGCUAGAGAGAUCUUAGAAAAAUAUGAUCCUGAAACUCUGAAAAGAAGCAUUCAUCUUGAAGAAAAGGUAGAGAUGAAGCAGUUAGCAUUGCCAGAGCGAGAGUUGCGCAGACGCAUGCCUAGUUCUAAAGGCCCCCCUUCACACUACCAGAAGCUCUCUCAGUCCAGCCUUAAAGUGUCCUCCUCUGCUAACGCACCACAUGACGAGCGUCGCCUCGUAGUGGCUCCUCCGGGCAUGAUACACAGGAAUGGACAGCAUGGUCCUGCCCCAGGCCCACCCCUUCCUAGGCCUAUCCUACCCCGUGAGAGGACAGCAUUCGACAGGAUAAUAGACUUUAUGGUCGGUGAAGGGCCAAGUAGCCGCUAUGCCCUUAUUUGCUCACGCUGCUUUUGCCAUAAUGGGAUGGCCUUAAAGGAAGAGUACGAAUAUCUAGCUUUCCGGUGCUGUUACUGUUUCCACUGGAACGCAGCCAAGAAACAGCGCCCGGAGUUACCCAAGGUGAUUGAAAUUUCAAGUGGCAUGCUUGCUCUUCCUUCCACUGCUUCGUCAACAAUCACGCAGGAUAAUUCAUCAACAACAGUUGCGAAUGCUACAGCAAGCGACAAUAAAGAAGAUGAAAGUGAGAUGGAAACCUGUGACGAAGGUGUCGACAGCAAGGCAUCCAAAGAAGAAUGCUCAGAAGGCUCGCUUAUUAGGACGAGGGCACAGAUAGUGGAUGCAUCUGGUGACAUUGUAGGAAUUCCGCGAGAGGGUCCUCGGCACACGAGGCAUACAAUGACUGCCCCACGACAAAAGAGUCCGCAGUCAAAGAAAGUAGACUGAAUCUCAGAAAUGGCUGGAAUCGGGUAUAAACUCUGUGCUGCCUCAUGACUGCUGUAGCAGAUUUCAUAGAGAGAGAGAGAGAGAGAGACAAGCAUUGGGUAAGAGUCACGUGAAAGAGCUUAUAACGAUGGUGGGAGAGUGUGCUUGCUAGUGACAUGGAAGCAGCUGCCACGAGGAUGUUAUUUUAUCGAACAGAGGGUAGCAGCCGUCUUUUGCUAUUUUAAGAGAUCCCCCCCCAGGGUGAGGUAGUGCACAUUGAAGGUAGAGGAAAUUUGGCUACAUUUUUAUGGGGCUCUGUUUCUACAUUACGUAGGUCAGUCCAGGUUACUAACAAAAAAAAAAAAAACAAAGGAAAAAAUAACAGCGGGUUUCUCAUUGUUGCGGGGCUUCCUGUGUUACGUAACGCUGCAUGAAGAUGUAAUAUGUAGUACAUUUAUGACGAUCAAUGAUAAUGGUAUGCAGUUAAGCCAUGAAAAAUUUUUUUUGUGAUCUUCUCAGUGGCUCUACCUGCUGCUCUGUGUUUAACAUCACUGGUGUCUGUAACCAAGGAGAAAUCACUUUGUGUCAAACAGUUGCCAUUAACGUACCAGUUUACGGAACUCUGCGCUUUCUUGAUAAACGUUUGGAAGCCGCUUGUCUCACUUUGUAUAGUGCUUGUUACCAGACACAUACAUUGUGGUACUGCAGCCUGACAGAGUAGGUGUGGAUGAUCCAGGUGCGUUAUCGCCCGAGUGAGAUGUUUAGAAUUUACAGCAGUGGUAUUCCUAACGUCUGUACGUGUAUGUUCUGCAUUUAUUAGUUGUAAAUGUGACCGCACACUGCCUUGCUUGCGGCUGCCUUUGUGGUAAAUCAACACCUUUCCUUUAGGAAACGUGCUUUAGAUUAUACGUUGCAGGAUCAGCGGGGUUCCGAAGAUCAUUUGUGUGAUCUUGUGAUCGAAAGUAUAGGUGGAAGCAAAGGCCUUGGGUCGGGAAUUCAAACACAGUCCGUUGAGACUACUGACUCUCAACCUGAGGCGAUGUGAUGACUUGUUUCUACAUUUCUGAGCUGACGUAGAACGUGAAGGUGGAUCAUGCGGAUACUUUCUUAACCUCUUGUUUUAGAUCUCUAGUGCUGUAAGUUAUAUGAUGAAAGAUGCAUUGUUAGGCAAAUGUGUGAAAUCUUUGUGCAAUUUCAUGGGGAGGAUGUCCCUUACAUGAAGAACGAUCUGAUUCGUUUGUUCGGACUUAGGUGUGAUACUUGUUCUGGUAACUUGCGACUUAUUUCUCAGUGUGGAUGACCGAACCAUCUAGGAUAAAUGAUGAAAUUGU